AUGUCGAUAUCUGCAAAGGAUAUUUCACCAAGAUACCGCUUAGCAGCAAGUAUUGAUAGUAUAAACUUUAAUCAAUUAGAUAUGAAUGUUGAUGAAUAUAUUACAAGUCAUCAUUCGAAGAUGUACUCACCAUCAAUUUCACCAACGCUAUCUAAAUCUUUUAAAGAAGAAACUACAAGUUUUAAGAGGAAAAAACGAUUAAGUGGAUUAUCCUCAUUAUUUACUAAAAGAAAACCUGACCGUUCUGUAACCCCACCAAAUAGAAUUGAACAACAACGAAUGGUUAUUAAUUUAUUAAAGAAUAAUUGUGACGAAUUCAAAAGUGUAAUAGACUUAGUAAAAAAAUGGAAAUUUGUUGUUGUAGAAAACAUUGAUAUUUGGGAAUUUACUGAUGAUAGAAUGGUCUUUUGGAGACAAGACCGAUUAAAUAGAGACAUUAUAGUAUUAAUAACAAACCUUGUUAUUACAAAGGAAAUGCCAUUAAAUUAUGCACAAAUUAUUUUAUUUGGAGAAGAAAAAGAGAUGGGUGAAAGAGAAACAACUUUACUUAAUUCACUUCUUCAAAACCAUGAAAAAAUUUUUGAUACACAAGGAGACCCAUUCUUUAGUAAUGAUGGAAAUAUUUUAACUAUCUCACCAAAAAAAUUGUUUGAAGGAGCAAUAGAUAUUUAUGAAGUACAUGGACUUCUUCCAUUGUUUACAAAAGUAUAUCAAUUUGUUGGGAAAGAAAAAUUGUUUUUAGAAUGGUGUUGUGAAUUAGAAAAAAAAUUAGAAAGUUAUGCAUCACAAUAUGGAGAAACUCAUUGUAUUCAUUUGAAAAGAAAAAUUUUAGAAAUACUUGUUAAAUGUUUUUUUGAAACUUUAGAUGAGGAAUUACCAUCAAAUGUUAAAGAUGAUUUAAGAAAUUGCUUUAAUAAUUGUCAUUACAACAAUACUAUUAGAAAUUAUGUUCUUAGUUUAUUUGGAGAAAAGUUAAAUGAAGAACUUGAAACGUGUUCACCAAUUUCAUUAUUAGUUACAGAUAAAGAUAGUUUAAUUCUGAAGAAAGAAAAAAAAAGUCCUAGAAAUAAACACACACCAAAAGGUCAUAUUUCUAAAUCAGCAAGAGGAUCUCCUCAUGAUUCAUUAAAAGAACCAAUUGGAGAUCCAUACAUAAGUUAUGUUACAGAUGAAAAAAGUAUUGUAAAUGUUUAUGUUGAUAAUAUACUAACUAUUCAUCCUCAAAUACUUGCACGACAAUUAACAGUUUAUGAUUCAUUUAAUUUUGAAAAAAUUAAAAUUUGGGAAUUUAAUGAAAAGGAAUUAUCAAAUACAUUUAUUUCAUAUCAAAAAAGAUUAGAUGUAAUUAUUUUAUUAGUAAAAAAGUUAAUAACUGAUCAAAGUUCUCUUCAAUACUUUAUUACAGUUUCAAGAGAAUGUUUAUUAAUUAAUGAAUUUAAUAUGUCUCAUAUUAUUAAAAUAGUUGUUGAUGAAAAAAUGAAAGAAUUAAAAUUAGAUGAAACACAAUUAAAUAUUAAUUGUUUAGAUGAUUAUAGACAAAUCAAUGAAUUAUUCUCUUCUGUUAAAAAUUAUAAUAAUUAUAAAAAAGAAUUAAAUUCUUUAGUUUCGAUAACACCAAGAAUACCAGUAUAUUCAUUUUGGAUAAGUGAUAUGAAUGGAUUUGAAAUAUCUUCUAUUCACGAUGAUCCUUGUGGAAUGGUAGAUUUUCAAAUUUUAACAGAUAUUGCAGAUUAUGUUAAUUCAAUGAUGGUGGCUCAAAAAAUUCCUUUCCCUUAUUCUGUUAAUCCUUGUUUCCAAUUUUUCUUUCAUUCAUUACUCUAA